UGGAUUUGUCUCUGGAUAUGACAUUGUAUCUGGAUUUGGUUCAGCAUCUGAUUUGGUUCUCGAUUUGGUUCUGGUUCUCUAUAUGCACCUUCUGGCUUUGGGUCAGGUUCUCGAUUUGGUUCUGGUUCUCUAUAUGCAUCUACUGGCUUUGGGUCAGGUUCUCGAUUUGGUUCUGGUUCUCUACAUGAACCUGCUGGCUUUGGGUCAGGUUCUCGAUUUGGUUCUGGUUCUCUAUAUGAACCUACUGGCUUUGGGUCAGGUUCUCAAUUUGGUUCUGGUUCUCUAUAUGCACUUUCUGGCUUUGGGUCAGGUUCUCAGUUUGGUUCUGGUUCUCUAUAUGAACCUACUGGCUUUGGGUCAGGUUCUCGAUUUGGUUCUGGUUCUCUAUAUGCACCUUCUGGCUUUGGGUCAGGUUCUCGAUUUGGUUCUGGUUCUCUAUAUGCACCUUCUGGCUUUGGGUCAGGUUCUCGAUUUGGUUCUGGUUCUCUAUAUGCACCUUCUGGCUUUGGGUCAGGUUCUCGAUUUGGUUCUGGUUCUCUAUAUGCACCUACUGGCUUUGGGUCAGGUUCUCGAUUUGGUUCUGGUUCUCUAUAUGCACCUACUGGCUUUGGGUCAGGUUCUCGAUUUGGUUCUGGUUCUCUAUAUGCAUCUACUGGCUUUGGGUAAGGUUCUCGAUUUGGUUCUGGUUCUCUACAUGAACCUACUGGCUUUGGGUCAGGUUCUCGAUUUGGUUCUGGUUCUCUACAUGAACCUACUGGCUUUGGGUCAGGUUCUCGAUUUGGUUCUGGUUCUCUAUAUGAACCUACUGGCUUUGGGUCAGGUUCUCGAUUUGGUUCUGGUUCUCUAUAUGAACCUACUGGCUUUGGGUCAGGUUCUCUAUAUGCACCUUCUGGCUUUGGGUCAGGUUCUCAGUUUGGUUCUGGUUCUCUAUAUGCACUUUCUGGCUUUGGGUCAGGUUCUCAGUUUGGUUCUGGGACUGGUUUUCUAUCUGUAUCUUGUUCUGGUUACGGUUUUGGUUCAGGAUCAGGUUUUGGAUUUGUACAUUGAUCUGAAUAUAGAUGUGGUUCUGGAUCUUGUUCCCUAAAACUGGUUUUGGU